AUGCGAGACUUGUCCUCAUUGCCUGAAAACUUUGGGAAUCUUCCGGCCUUGAAGACUUUAGUGCUGCAUGAGCUGCCGCUUCUCCGCCUCCCCGCGUCCUUCACCAGACUCACAUCUCUGGAGGCGUUUUUUCUGGUGUGCGAGGGGAUGGGCGAGCUGCAUGGAGGGGGUCUGGCCAGUCUGCAAACCCUUUGUCUCACCCAAUUCAGCCAAGACAAGCUGCCGUCCACAUUCACGCAGUUGGCUUCGCUGACCAGGUUGCAACUGGAUGAGUGCGACUUUGUUGAGCUUCCUACGGGCAUGGCAGAGAUGACAAACCUGCAGGAGCUUUGCAUUCGGGAGUGCCAGGCCUUGAAAGAGCUUUCGGAAUUCUUGACGGCGCUCGUCAGCCUUCGAGUGCCGAGGAUUGAAGGGUGUGACGAACUCUCGUCGGUUCCCAAGAGGCUGGACAAUCUCACCAGGCUGAAGCAAUUGGAACUGAGGAGAUGUGAACUGCUGACUGAAGUCCCUCAGUCUCUGCCACUCAGUCUCCGGGCACUAUCUUACAAUGGCAACCAGCAGCUGGUGUCUUGGCCAGGCGUUUCAACACUGACAGAUUUGAAGAAGCUGCGUUUGGGCACUGUGAGUGCAACCUGCCUUGAGGCCAUCAGCAGCCGCCUAAAUGGUCUGGAGCACCUAGAGCUCGCGUUGGGAGAUGAAGAUGAUGCCAAGGAGUCCCUGUCCGCGUUGACAAGGCUAUCUCGCCUCCGCACCUUGACACUCCACGGGGCCCGUAGCAUAAAGAAGCUGGUGGGGUUUGACGGGUCGGCAUUGCAGGAGCUACGGCAGUUGAACAUCCACACUGGGCGUGAUGAAUUCACAGAGCUGCCUGCAGCCAUCACCGCUCUCCACCACCUCACAUCCAUUCGAAUAGAAGCGCACAACUUAUCGUCUAUUCCGGACGCCAUUGGAGCAUUGUCAAGGCUGCACAAGCUGAAUCUAUCCGACUGCUUCUCCCUCACGCUCCUCCCUGCUUCCCUCACGCAGCUCUCGUGCCUGCAUGAGCUCAACCUCAGCUGCACCAGCAUCCAGCUGCUCCCUGCAGGCUUUACUCAGCUCAGCAGGCUGAAGAAUCUCAAGCUUGGGAACUGCAGGCAGCUCCAGGCUCUGCCUGACGACAUACGGGAUCUCCCAAUGCUCGAUUUUCUUGAUACUAUGGGCUUUUACAUGCUGCAGCGCUGA